AUGACUGUCGUUUUAUUCAGUGCCUUUAGUCGAUUAUCUCUCUUCUCGGGGACGAUCAGACGGUGUACAUCUGUUCUUCCGAAGACCAGACAAUUUUCCUUCACUAGAACACCUUUGACAGUUUUUAGAAGACAGAUAUCAGUAACCACCAUCAUGCCAACACCUCAGGGAAUCAACGGGUUGUACGAUUUUCGGCGUGUCACUCCAGACGACAUCGAAAAACAGACAGAUGCACUCAUCUCACAACAACGCGCAUCGUAUGACGCUGUUGGCUCACUGCCAUUGGACACUGUUAGCUAUGACAAUGUCAUUAAGAAAUUAGCAGACCUGAUGAAUGAACGCUCAACCUUUGGAUCACCACUGGACUUUCCCCAACAUGCUGCAACCGAUAAAGCUGUCCGUGAAGCUUCAAGCAAAGCUGAACAGAAACUUGAGGAGUUCGAUGUAGAAAUGAGCAUGAGAAAGGACAUUUUUGACCGAGUGGUGGCAUUUAAGGAAAAUGUUGGAGUUGAGGGCUUGAGCAGCGAGCAGAAGAGGCUUGUGGACAAACUCAUUCUGCAUGGAAGACGCAACGGUCUCCAUUUGUCGAGCGAGAUUCAGGACCAGGUGAAGAGCAUCAAGAAGCGCAUGUCAGAACUGAGCAUCAAGUUCCAGCGCAACUUGAACGAGGACAAUACCAAGCUCUUCUUCACCCGAGAGGAGCUGGCAGGGAUGCCCGACGAUUUUAUUAACGAACUAGCCCAGAAAGAAGACAAUAAGUUAGAAGUAACAAUGAAGUACCCACAUCUCUUUCCCAUCACCAAAAAGUGCCGCGUGCCGGACACUAGACGCCAGAUGGUGACUGCCAGUCAGUCCAAGUGUAUGGAAGAGAACACGCCCAUCCUAGAGGAACUGAUAACCCUCCGUCAAAAGGAGGCUGACCUUCUGGGCUACAAGAACCAUGCUGCGUAUGUCUUGGAGGAGCGUAUGGCCAAGACCCCGGAGAAUGUUGCUGAGUUCCUCUCCAGCCUGUCCGAGAAGCUUCAGCCACUGUGGAAGCAGGAGCGACAGGAUAUGCUGAAGUUGAAGAAAGACGAGUGUGAGAAAUACAGUUAUGAAUACUCCGGCAAGCUGGACUUCUGGGAUUUCCGUUACUACAUGAAUCAAGUGGAGGAAAAAAUGUUUGCUGUGGAUCAAGAUGAGGUGCGUCAGUAUUUUCCCCUUGACAAGGUUACCUCUGGCUUGUUGGAUAUAUACCAAAUUUUGCUAGGCCUUAAAUUCACCCAAGAAGUUGAUGCUGACACGUGGCAUGAAGAUGUGAAGCUGUAUCGUGUGAAUGAUGCUGAGACAGGGGAAAAGAUGGGAUACUUUUUCCUUGAUUUGUAUCCUCGAGAUGGCAAGUUUGGUCAUGCUGCUAUUUUCCCCCUUCAGCCAUCCUGUGAAGGGCCCACAGGAGACCGUCAGGUUGCAGUCUGUGCAAUGAUGUGCAAUUUUACUAAGCCUACCAAAGACAAGCCAGCUCUCUUGGACCAUUCAGAGGUUGAGACAUACUUCCAUGAGUUUGGUCAUGUGAUGCACCACAUCUGUUCUCGUGCAACAUUUGCCAUGUUUGCUGGAACUCGUGUAGAACGUGAUUUCCUGGAAGCACCAUCACAGAUGUUGGAGAACUGGGUUUGGGAGAAGGAACCUCUUGCCCUUAUGUCUGGUCAUUAUAAGACUGGUGAGACCUUGCCUGAUGAAAUAGUAGAAAGGCUGCAGAAGUCACGAAAGGCAAACGCUGGUGGCUUUAACCUGCGUCAGAUCAUUUUGGGAACCUUUGAUCAAGCAAUCCAUACAAGAGGGCAAGCAGACACCAAGUCCUUGUUUGCUCAAACGUAUCGUGAUAUUAUGGACAUCGAACCCAUUCCAAAUACCAACAUGCCAGCCAACUUUGGUCAUCUUGCUGGUGGUUAUGAUGCACAGUAUUAUGGUUAUCUGUGGAGUGAGGUAUUCUCCAUGGACAUGUAUGAGAGUCGCUUCAAGAAAGAAGGCAUCUUGACCCCUGCAGUAGGGACUGAUUAUCGUACAAAGAUUCUUCAGCCAGGUGGAUCAAAGGACGCUGCAGAUUUACUUAGAGAUUUCUUAGGCCGUGAUCCAACACAUGAUGCUUUCCUGCGCAGCAAAGGCCUGCAAGUCUGAAUUUGAGAGCAGCUGGAUAAUGCAGUUUUGAUGCCAUUAUACAUGUGGGUGCACGUGUUAUUUUAAUCUGGUGUACAAAUAAAAAAGGAAAAGGGAGAAAAAUGAAAGUUGCAUAAUGUGAGCAAUAGUACAACAAAAGUGAAAUUACUGGAAAUGCAAGAUGGUGUUACACAAAAGGAGAAUUUAUGAAAUUAUACAGGGGGAUGAGAUAAAUAGCUAUCACUUGCUGUGUUGUGUUGUCUGCUUCAUAUCUCAAUCAUGAAAACUAUGUCCACACAAGCAAACUGUCUGCAGAUACAAGUGAGAGUUAUAGAUUGACUUGCCACAACUGUUAAAAUAUUUGUGUGGGAGCUGGAAUGAAAACACUAGACACUGUCCUGCCCAGUGGACUGACGCCACUGCCAGAGAUACACAAUAUUCAAGUUGUAUAGUCCAAAACCUACAAGACUGGCUAGCCUGACACUGCCAGGUGGACAUAAUACAUCUGUUACUAUAGACUCUCUGGUGACAGUGUCUGCCAAUAACUCCAUUUGAAGUGAAUCUUAAGAUUCAUUGAGCAGACCAUGUGCUGUAAAUAGUUUUGUUUUUUUUGUCCAGAUAUUACAUCUCCCCUAGAAUGUAAUUUGAUAUUUAAAUAAGUAUAUAAAAUAAAAUAAAAAUCUUCA